AAUAUAUAUAUCUAUAUAUAUUUUCAUGUGUUAUAUACAUAGUUUGUAUAUAUGAUUUAAGAAAUAGUCUAAGCCUCGCCUCAACUAGUCAUUUUAGUCCAUUGUAUUUAAGUAGUCUUCAUUUCAAUAUGAAUCGAUCCAUGCAAGGCAGUGUUCGAUCCGUAAGCACUACACGUAGUAGUAAAGCAUUUCUGAGUAAAAUGGAUAAAAUGUCAGAGCAUUUAUUCGAUAUUGUUAAGAGUGGUUCUAUGGUGAAACGUGCUCAAAACAAAAAACGAUUUACUCCAGUCAAUUACAAGCAGCGUUGGUUUGAACUCACUAAGAAGACGUUGUCUUACUUUGACAUCGAAAACGUUGAGCGUCGACGUGAACGUGGUCGCAUUCCAGUCAAAGGUGUCAGACUUGUUGAAACUGCUACGGUUAAUGGUGAAGGUGGAGAUCCUUUUGCACCGGAUGGUUACCCGUUUCAAGUAGGCUACUGUGAAACUUCUGACGAUCAGCAACAAUCUGGUCGUUCUGUGCCACAAUAUACCUUGUAUUUAGUUGCUAGUAGUGAAAAGGAACGUAGCGAUUGGAUACGUGUCAUAAGACAAGUUUGUGAGGACACAAAUACACCGAAGUCAUAUCGUUUUCAUCCUGGUCUGUGGUCUGGCAAGAAAUGGUCUUGCUGUAAAGGCAUUAGUCGCAGUACAUUUGGUUGUCAAGCAGCAACGCAUUGGCGUGAAACCAAUAAUAAUCCAAGCACUGGAAGUUCUCCCGCCCAGAAUUCAACUCGCAGCAUUAGUCCAAAUAAUUCAACCUCAACCAGUCAAUUCAGUUUACAUCAUAAUAGUUCUGGCAGUUUAGGUAGUUCCACACCUACCUCACUUCAUCCACAGUCAUCUGUAUCCACAUUUAAGCAGUCACCAAAUAUUUUAAACGGUAACAGUUCAUUAUUGGAUAACACAAUGCCAGGUGGUAUACCAACUCCCGGUACCCCAAAUUCUAAAGCUAAGGACAAUUCACAUUUUGUUAAAAUUGUCGUAGCCUUAUAUCCAUUUAAGGCCAUUGAAGGUGGUGAUUUAUCACUAGAAAAGAAUGCUGAAUAUGAAGUAAUUGAUGAUUCUCAAGAGCAUUGGUGGAAAGUUAAAGAUGCUCUUGGCAAUGUCGGCUAUAUACCCAGUAAUUAUGUUAAGCCGAAAGCUUUACUAGGCUUGGAGCGUUAUGAUUGGUACGUUGGAGAUAUGUCUCGUCAACGCGCUGAGUCGUUAUUAAAACAAGGCGAUAAGGAGGGCUGUUUUGUAGUGCGUAAAUCAUCAACAAAAGGAUUAUACACACUUUCGCUACAUACCAAAGUUCCACAAUCUCAUGUUAAACAUUAUCACAUCAAGCAAAAUGCACGCGGCGAAUAUUAUUUAAGCGAAAAACAUUGCUGCGAAACUAUACCAGAUUUGAUAAACUACCAUCGACAUAAUUCCGGUGGCUUAGCAUGUCGUUUAAAAUCGUCUCCUCGUGAUAGACCAGUGCCACCGACAGCAGGUUUAUCACAUGAUAAAUGGGAAAUACAUCCCAUGGAACUAAUGCUUAUGGAAGAAUUAGGCUCUGGACAAUUUGGUGUUGUACGACGUGGUAAGUGGCGCGGUUCAAUUGACACAGCGGUUAAAAUGAUGAAAGAAGGUACCAUGUCUGAAGAUGAUUUCAUUGAGGAGGCCAAAGUAAUGACCAAAUUACAACAUCCGAAUUUGGUACAAUUGUAUGGGGUCUGCUCCAAACAUCGCCCGAUUUAUAUCGUUACUGAAUAUAUGAAGCAUGGCUCGUUAUUGAAUUACUUACGUCGGCAUGAAACUACUUUGAUCGGUAAUAUGGGCUUAUUGUUAGAUAUGUGUAUUCAGGUCAGCAAGGGAAUGGCUUACUUGGAGCGUCACAAUUAUAUACAUCGCGAUUUGGCUGCACGUAAUUGUCUUGUCGGCUCUGAAAAUGUUGUUAAGGUUGCCGAUUUUGGUUUGGCACGUUAUGUUUUAGAUGAUCAGUAUACAAGUUCCGGUGGUACCAAAUUUCCUAUUAAAUGGGCACCACCAGAGGUAUUAAAUUACACACGCUUCUCAUCAAAGAGUGAUGUAUGGGCAUAUGGUGUACUUAUGUGGGAGAUAUUUACCUGUGGCAAGAUGCCAUAUGGACGUCUAAAGAAUACCGAAGUUGUUGAUCGUGUACAACGUGGCAUUAUACUAGAAAAACCAAAGUCAUGCGCAAAGGAAAUUUACGAUGUCAUGAAAAAGUGUUGGUCUCCUGGCCCCGAAGAUCGCCCAUCAUUCCGUGUGCUAAAGGAGCAGUUAGCUCUCGUUGCACAAACCCUCACCGAUUAAAUGAUAACAUUAAAUUAUCAUAACAACUAUAAUAAAAAAUAUUAUAUGCAGUAUAUGCAAUAUAAAUA